ACCACAGGGGCCAAGGAAUAGGAGACAAGGCUUUUGGAUGAGAGAGGCUAAGAAACCUCUUGAAACAAAAGUCAAAUCUUACAAGGUCUGAUGGAAGAGGCAAACCAGACAGGAGUGGUCUACUUCUACUUCCAUCCCUUCUCUACGGACCCAGCAGUGGCUGCCCUCCUAUUUGUGGCCUUCUUGCUGUUGUACUUAGGAAGCCUUGUUGGAAAUGUCACCAUUGGGCUCACAGUCUGGCGAGGUCACUCCCUCCACACCCCGAUGUACUUCUUUCUCUUCGUCCUGGCCAUGCGGGAGAUUGGCUACUCCACUAACAUUGCUCCCCUGACCCUGGCUGGCAUCCUUUCCAUUGGCCAUGUGCUCAUCUCUCUUCCUGGCUGUGGGGCCCAGAUGUUCUUUUUCAUUCUUCUUGGAGGGUCUGACUGUGUCCUGCUUGCUGUCAUGGCCUACGACAGGUAUGUGGCAAUCUGCCACCCAUUGCAUUACCACGUCAUCAUGAGUUGGCGACUCUGCGGGCAGAUGACGUUAGGUUCUUUGGGGCUGGGAUUCCUGUUGUCACUGCCUUUGACCAUUCUGAUCUGCCGCCUUCCAUUCUGUGGCCACAGUGAAAUCUACCACUUCUUCUGUGACAUGCCUGCAGUCCUGCGCCUGGCCUGUGCGAACACCCGCAUGCAUGAAGCAGCUCUGUAUGCCAUCAGUGUGGCCGCGGUGGCUGUCCCCUUCCUCCUGAUCUGCCUCUCCUAUGGCUGCAUUGUGGCCACCAUCCUGAGGAUGAAUUCAGCUGAGGGAAAGCGCCGGGCUUUCUCCACUUGUUCCUCCCACCUCAUCGUGGUUCUCUUGCAGUAUGGGUGUUGCACCCUUAUCUAUCUUCACCCCAGCUCCAGCUAUUCUCCAGAAGAGGGCUGGGCAGUGUCUGUUGUCUACACCUUUUUUUCACCAGUGCUAAAUCCCUUGAUCUACAGCAUAAGGAAUCAAGAGGUGACUGAUGCAGUAAGAAGACUAAUGGUAAGAACGUGCUGGUUCAGGAAACCAGAAAUAUUUCUUCCUAGAAAAAGUAUUUCCCACACUAGUAGAGGCAUGAUCUGAAGGUCAGGACUCUCCAAAGCAAAAAGGAAGGAGCGGAGAGAUGACUGUCUCCAUGGUUCUCUCAGCCUGUGACAUGCUCAUCAGUGUGCAUUUUUUAGGUAAAUCCAAUGAGGAAGCCCUGGAUUGGCCCUGAUUACUUAGUCAGCCUCCUCUCUCAUCAUAGAAGGAGAACUGGACAGGAGUAUCAGUGAAGGAGAGAGUGAAUAAAUGGAUGGACAGGGCAGCAGUAGCAGUUGAUAUAAUGGAAGCCAUUCUGUUACCUGUUUUAAGAGCCUACAUCCCUGAUGGUACAUGGACCCAAUGAAUUAAAAUACACAAAUGUCUUCUGACCUUUCUUUUUGCCAUUUGAGGCCUGUGCAAGUCCCACUGCCUUAAUAAAGUCUGUCCAGCCACUCUUCCGACAGUGGGCUUUCACUUUUCACUAAACCAUACUUCUUUUGACUUUUAUCUAAAUCAAAUCAUCUUCUUUUUGUACAACCAAGUUUCACAUGUUUUGGUGUUGCCUCUAGAAUAAGUCUAUAAGGCCCCUUGGCAUAGAAGAAAGGGCUUAUUCUUUCUCUGUAUUUUCUGGCAAGUGGUGAGUAUUUAACCGUAGUGUCUAGCCAUGGACUUUAGUUCUCACCUUUCCUUUAUGCAAAAAAAGAGGAUGGUGAUAACAACAGUCUUUAUAUUUCAAGGGGGUUGGGUUGACAGUCAAGUGUGAUCAUGGAUGUGUAAAAAUACAAUAAAAAAGUA